AUGAUUUCAACAAUCGGCACAACAACAAUUCAAGCCGCGAACGGCAGGACUCUGUCCACAACAACAGCACCAAACUCGUUAGUCAUGAAUCCAACAUCUAUGUUAGUAGAGAUGAAAAACUUCAUUCCUUCUUCAUAUAGUUUUGGAACAGAAAUACAAAGAAUAAAGCAAGAACUUUUAACAAGUAAUUUAGACUGUACCGCACAGGAUGAAGAAUUUUAA